UUCCUCACUCUCACUCUCUCUCUCUCUCUCUCUCUCUCUCCAAAACUUCUUUCACAAUUGAUUCUUUGACAGCAACUGUUGCUUUACAUUUCAUCAAGCUUCCACAUUGCUUUGUUUCUUUAUAACUUUAUGUUUGUGGUUUCUGUGGUUCAUCAGCUGUCUAACUUGUCAUCUUUAAGCCCACAAGGAUCCAGAAUUAGCCAUGAGUCUCCAUAUGACAAUUGGUUCAAAGGUCGAGAAGCUCUCGUCUCCAGGGACUCUGAUGAUGAAGAACAAGGAUAAGUCUCUCAGUGUGGAAGACAAAGUUGAAGGUUUGGAUUCUGAGAAAAAGCAGGUGGAUUUUGGAAGUAAAGAGGAGACCUUCUUUGACUCACAGGGAUGGUUAGAUUCUGAUAGUGAAGAUGAUUUUGUCAGUGUUAAUGGAGACUCGACUCCAAACUAUCAGAUCAACAAUAAUAGGACACCCCAAGUGAACAAAGUAUUCUCUGCUGCUAUGUUUCCAGAUACCACCACAUCCCAGAUUUCUUCAGCUGAUCCAAAAAGGAAACUUGCCCAACUCCUUCAGGAAAACCAAGUCGAAGUGGCUGGUAAGCAAAAUGCUGCUUGUGGGAUGAAUGAAAGUGACGGAAAGCCAGAAUUAUAUGAGACUGAUGCCAGCUUACACCUCAGAAUUCCUCAUGAGACUUCCUCUGUCGCUGAUGAUGGGACUCCAAGUAAAGAUUCGAAACAGCAGAAAGAGAAGAAGAUGAAGGCCAAGAAGAGCUGCUUGCCGCGCUUGUGCAGCAUUAGGUUCAAAGAGAGAAGGAAGCAGAAGACGAGCCCUGUUCACUGAAGCGGCUGUUGUUGCUACCACCAACCACAGGCAAUCCAUUUUGUUCAUAUUGAUGAAUCAAAGCUUGUAUGAAUGACACAUAGUAGAAAAUGCAACUUUUGUUCUUCGCGGAGAAUCUGUGUUACGAUUGCUGCUUUAGAUCGGGUUUGGGUUGGAUUCUAUCAAGAGAAGAAAUUUCUUUUCCUAUUGAUGCUUA